AUGGUACUUGAUAAGAAUGAAAUAACAACAGGAACUAAAUUUGAUAAAGAAUUAUAAAGAUAUGAUUCAAGUGAAGAUUUAUUGAAUGUUGUUACUCCUAAAUUAAGAUCUUAUCUACCAUAUAAAAUUAAAUAAGAUAAUGAAUCUGUUUAAGUAGAAAAACGAAGAUGA